CCUUUAAGAAUGGAACGCGGAGCUCCCUCGGCGGCGGAUACGCUGUGACGCGGCUCGAGUGUGGAAACGUUCUAAAAGUUGCGCCUACGAAGGAGAAGGAGGAAGCAGCAGCAGUCGGGCUUCUUUUCACGGUGGCUCCUACGCUGGGCUUCUGGGAGCCCCGUCCCCUCCUUCCCCCGGCUCCUCUGCCAGUCCUUCUAACCUUCAACCAUGCUGACCAGAGAAUGGACUCGGGCGACCACGAUGUGUUGUCCGCUCGAGAGCAGCUCUUUCACGAGAGAGUCCGGGAAUGCAUUAUCUGCACACUUCUGUUCUGCAGCCUCUACAUCUUGUGCUACUUCAUCUUAACCCGCUUCAAACGGCACACGGACUUCACCACAGUCGAUGAAGAUGCUGCUGUCAACAGGAUUGCGCUCUGGCUGUGCACCUUCACCUUGGCGGUGUCUCUAGGAGCUGUGCUCCUGCUGCCCUUCUCUAUCAUCAGCAACGAAGUGCUGCUCUCCUUUCCUCAGAACUACUACAUCCAGUGGCUGAACGGCUCCCUCAUCCACGGACUCUGGAAUCUGGUCUUCCUCUUCUCCAACCUCUCCCUCGUCUUCCUCAUGCCAUUCGCCUACUUCUUCACCGAGUCCGAAGGUUUUGCGGGAUCAAAGAAGGGGCUCAUGGCCCGUGUGUACGAGACGUUUGUGGUGCUCCUGUUGCUGACCUUGUUGAUCCUGGGAAUGGUCUGGGUAGCAUCUGCCAUCGUAGACAAUGAUGCCGCCAGCAGGGAGUCUCUCUAUGACCUCUGGGAGUACUACCUCCCCUACCUCUACUCCUGCAUCUCCCUGUUUGGCGUGCUGCUGCUCUUGUUGUGCACACCCUUUGGCCUGUCACGUAUGUUCACCGUCACGGGGACGCUGCUGGUGAAGCCCAGGCUCCUGGAGGACUUAGAUGAGCAGCUGAACUGCACAGGGUUCGAGGAAGCUGCUAUUUCUCGCAAGAUCAACUCUGGGAAAACCUCCUGCUGGCUCAACUUUGAUGUGGAAGUGCUGAGACAGCAAUAUCUAGCAAUUCACGCGCACAGAAUCACACUGGAAACACGUCGCAAGGCCUCAGCUUGGCAAAGGAACCUGGGCUACCCGCUGGCCAUGCUGUCUUUGCUGUCGCUGACGGGUAUUUCUGUUCUUGUCGUCUGUUUCCACGUCUUGGAGCUGCUGUUAGACGAUGCUGCAAUGCCACGAGGAAUCCAGGAUGCACCACUGGGGAAAGUUUCCUUCUCAGUCUUUGGCUCUUUUGGGGCAGCCAUGCAGGUGGUUCUCAUAUUCUAUCUAAUGGUUUCCUCCGUCGUGGGAUUCUACAGCUCCCCACUGUUCACCAAACUGUUGCCCGAGCGACAUGACACCGCCAUGACCAAGAUAAUUGGGAACUGUGUCUCCUUGUUGGUGCUGAGCUCUGCCCUCCCUGUGUUGUCUCGUACAUUGGGGAUAACACGGUUUGACCUUCUGGGUGAUUUUGGAAGGUUUAACUGGCUGGGAAACUUCUACAUCGUUUUUCUCUACAACAUGCUCUUUGCUGGCCUCACUACUCUUUGCCUGGUGAAGAAAUUCACUUGGGCUGUACAAGCUGAACUCAUCCGGGCCUUUGGCCUCCACAAGCUGCCUCUACCUGUGACACGGUGUCACCAGCCAAGCAAGCUCAGCUAGGAUUUGGGGUCUGUGCUUGGUUCAAGCUUGUCAAGGCAACCUUGCCUGAAACCUGCCGCUGGGACAUCCUUACUUUGACAUCCUGAUUGUGCUUGAGUUCUAAGCCAUCGGAUUGUAGCCGAGGAGGGCAGAGAACUUUCCUCGCUCUGCCUUCAUUUCGACCAAUGACUGGACAGACCGGAAGGACGAGGAAGUGGAGCUUCGAGUGGCUUGGCUCUUCUCCCUGCGUCCCAGAAGCCUGAGGAGGCAAGAGGCUCAAACCGUGAUCAAGACCUCACAGUCUCCCUGGAAGCUCCCUUUCCUUUCAGCUGAGGGAGCAUUUUGCAGUUCAGGCAGAGGCUGCAGAACUAAGGCAGCAGGGACAGUGUGGAGAAAGAGGCCUUGGACUGUACAGAAGAAACUCUUGUGUAGAAAUAGCCCCAGGGCAUUGUGUAGCGAAUAAAGCAAGGGUCCAGGCCACUGGAGAAAGUGCCUCAUGUCCCUGGUCCUGGCAGGGGACAUGGUAGUUCACUGUUCUUGCUCCCUCUAUGUUUACAUGUGACAUUGUCUUAAACCUCAUGCCCACACUGGCUUCCUUUCUCUCACUAGAUAUGAUGGCCCAAACCAGCCAGGUUUGAGUUUUGAGCCAGUUCUGAAUAGUAGUUUGAACUCCGUUCCAUGUUUACAUACCUCACUCAAGUGCAAUAUAAGCUGGCGCUACUGAGCCAUAUUUCUUGGGUUUCCCAUUCAGCAGCCAUCUCUGUGUUUGUGUGUGUAUUUUAGGUUGUUUUUUAGUUGGGUGUAUUUAGAAUUUGUCCUGCAAUUUGUAUGCUUUCUUCUUCCACAAAGGUGGGCAUCCAGGUAAGGUGGACACAUCUAAGCUGUUUCUCUUGAGUUUUUCUCCUCCUCUCUCUUUCAAAAUGGUAGCUGUUGGGGAAAGCAGCCAGCGAGCGUACUUUAUGCCUGGCAGAGUGGAGAACAUGCCACCACUGCCCUCCCUUCAUUCUUGCAUAGUUACAGGGUAGCAAACUUUGAGGCUUUUUGAGGGUCAGGGCUAGUUGAUUUCAAGAACGUUGACACAACUCUUGUGCUUCCCUCUGGCCUAUGCCUCCUCGCAUGUGGGAAGAAAUUUGUCCCCACAAAGAUGAACUCUACAGCUGGUCUGCUUAGCUUUCCCCUUCACACUCUAUCUAGAGCAAGCUUGGGAAACUUGAGGUCCUCCAGAUGUUGUUGGAUUCUGAACUCCCAGCACCCCUGACCAUCAUCCUUGCUGCCUGGGGCUGAUGGGAAAUGGGGUCCAGCAACACCUGGAGAGCAACGGGUUGCCCACUGCUGCUCUAGAGCCUCCAGGUACCAGGGCAAGGGGAUGGCAGCAGGAAGAGACUUGGAAUGUGAAUCUGUUCAGUAUUAAGGUAUAGCAUAAAUGGGUGGAAUGCUUUAGGCAUGCUAGAAAUAUGGGGGAAUGGUGUGAAGGGAAGAACUUCCCAAUUAUUCACAAUGGUUCGAAGCCGUUGACCCUUUCCAGCUGCCUCUCCUUAUACCAAUGAAGAUCAGCUCAUCUGCGAUCAUUGGCAACAUCACCACAUGUCUGGGGUGAUUAUGGAUGCUUCUUUUAGGCAUUUCUCAAUCUUUGGAUGCUGGGCUGGAUUCUCCAGUUUGCCUGGUCCUCUUGCACCCAAUACUGAUCAAGCUAGUACAGGAGGUGGGUGGGUCAUACUUUACAUAAGACAGAAGGUAUCUGAGUUUUAUGGUGGAGACUGUUUGUGGCGCCAUUCUGUUCUAUUCAGGCCAGAGAGCCACAACUGUCCCAUCCCAGAUUGCAAGACAUGUAGAAUUUUGUUUCAAGGCACUUGAGUGCCAGUUGGUAAGCUGGAGAACUACAAAUUGUGGAGCCCUUAAUAUCCAGGGAUAGGCAACUUGUGGCCCUCUGGUCUUCAGCUCCCAUUAGUCCUAGCCAGCAUAGCCGAUAGUGAAGAACCAUGGGAGUUCUAGGCCAAAACCUCUGGAGGGCCACAAGUUGCCCAUCCCUGCCUUAGUGAAAUGUGGCAUCAAUCAUCUCCAUAAACUUCACAGCUGGAGCUGCAGAGGUAUGAGUGUUUAAGUCCUGCAUCCUCAACACAGCCCAGACUUGCAUAGGGGGAGGGCUGCAUGUGGAAUUCGAAUUCUUUUGUUGCAGGAAAUAUUAUGGCAUUGUAAGCUCCAACCCAGAAGGGACCAACCUGAAUUGAGACAUGUGACCCCUGCCGACCUGUUCUUCAUGUAGUGAAUGUCUGGUCUCAGUACUGUACUGUUCUUGGGGCUCCUAGCCAUAUAAGCAAUAAAUUGCCUGGUUUUGUUUUC